CUCACUCUGUGUCAAACAUGGCUGUGCUUUUCAAGAAAGAAUAAUGCUGAAUUGUGUUGCAGAAUUUCGCCAAAAGAGGAAAUCAUGGCACGACUGGCUGAUUAUUUCACAGUUGUGGGAUACGAUCAGGAUAAAGCCGGAUCUGGGGAAGGAUGUGGAAAAAUCAUUCAGCGCUUCCCCAAAAAGGAUUGGGAUGGCACCGCAUUUCCUCAGGGUGUGGAAAUGUUUUGCCAGCCUGGUGGAUGGAGGCUGUCUCGCGAGAGGAAGCCCCCAACCUUCUUCACAGUGGUGCUGACAGACAUUGAUUCAGAACGACACUACUGCUCCUGUCUGACGUUCUUUGAGGCAGAGGUCAAUUUGCAGGGCUCAAAGACGAUGGACGCAGAUGGGGACGGCGGUGAGGAGGUGGAGGAGGAGGAGGAAGAAGAAAAUGGUUUGAUUCAGCCAGCUCAGGUCUUUGCACCCAAAAGUCUGAUUUUGGUGUCCAGGCUGGAUUUUCCAGAAAUCUUUAGGGGCUGCUUGGGACUGAUCUACACCGUGUACAUUGACAGUCUGAACUUUCCUCUGGAAGGUCUGGUGGCCAACCUCUUCACAUGCUUCGUUCCAGUGGCUGGAGGUUCCCAGAAGUUGUUUUCACUGGGAGCAGGAGACCGUCAGCUCAUCCAGACGCCUCUGAAUGACAAACUGCCAAUCACCUGCAAGAGUGUAGCUCUUCUCUUCCAACAGUUAGGAAUCCAGAACGUUCUCAGCCUUUUUUGCGCCGUUCUGACGGAGCACAAGGUUUUGUUCCACUCCUCCAGCUAUCAGAGGUUAGAGGAGGCCUGCCGUGCCUUGGAGUCCCUCAUGUUUCCUCUCAAGUACAGUUACCCCUACAUACCCAUCCUCCCAUCUCGACUGCUGGAGGUGUUGAGCUCACCGACGCCCUUCAUCAUCGGCGUACACUCCAUGUUCCAGGAAGAGAUCCAGGAGCUGCUUGAUGUCAUCAUAGCUGAUCUUGAUGGAGGAACGAUAAAGAUACCAGAGUGUAUACACCUUUCCCAACUACCUGAACCCCUGCUGUACAAUACUCAAAAAGCACUGUCAAUGGUUUUGCACCCAGAUCUGGAAGUAGCAGAUAAUGCCUUCCCUCCCCCUCGUUUUGCUCCAUCCAACCUCAAACUGCUGGAUAAAGAGUUGAGGGCCGUCUUCCUGCGCCUGUUCGCACAACUCUUCCAGGGCUACAGGUCCUGCCUGCAGCUCAUUCGCAUCCAUUCCGAACCUGUGAUUCACUUUCACAAGGCUGCUUUCCUGGGCCAGCGGGGCCUCAUUGAAAAUGACUUCCUGACCAAAGUGUUGGAUGGAAUGGCCUUUGCAGGCUUCGUGUCUGAACGGGGACCUCCUUACAGAGCCUGUGAUCUGUUUGAUGAGCUGGUGGCAGUAGAUGUGGAGCGCUUUAAGGAUGAAGAGGGGAACCUGGCGAAGUUUCAGAAGCGCAUGAGGGAGUUAUCUGAGCAGCUUUAUAAAAACGAGAACCCAAACCCCCACAUGGCAUUUCAGAAAGUGCCUCGACCAACCGAGGGCUCACACCUGCGGGUACACGUGGUGCCCUUCCCUCUGCUGGAGGAGGAGAGGGUUGAGAAGUUGAUGCAGGAGGGCCAUGCCAAACAGCACACUGUGCCAAACAGCACCCGUCCAGAAAGGAAGUGCGUGGUUCCCGCCGGACCCCCUGUUGCGUCUAUCAUGGGCAAAGCCAGCUCGGUUUUUAACAGCGCCCGAAGACUGGAGGUGGUGCGGUCAUGUAUCGGCUUCCUCUUCGACAACAAGACUCUGGAGACAGAAAAGACGCUCCCUGCGGCUCUCCGGGCCUUGAAAGGCAAAGCAGCGCGUCAGUGUCUGACCGAAGAGCUCAGUCUCCAUGUGCAGCAGAACCGAGCCAUUCUGGAUCAUCAACAAUUCGAUCAUAUCAUUCGCAUGAUGAACUGUGCUCUUCAGGAUUGUUCAAGCUCAGAGGAAUACAGCGUUGCUGCUGCAUUACUGCCCCUGACGACAGCUUUUUACCGGAAACUGGCUCCUGGAGUGGACCAAUUCGCCUACACCUGCAUUCAAGACCAUCCGGUCUGGACCAAUCAGCAGUUUUGGGAAGCCACCUUCUACUCAGAGGUCCAAAACCAGAUCAGAGCGCUGUACCUUACUGCCCCUGAGGACAAACAGCUCAUCACUGCCAAGAUCAAGGAACAGGGUUUAUUACACAGAACACCUGGCGAGUCGGAACGGACCGCUAUGGACACCGCAGCCGAGCAGUUACGUGCCUGGCCCGGUCUGAGUAAAGAAAAACAGCAGGAACUUGUGAAGAGCGAGGAGAGCACGGUGUUUAGCCAGGCCAUCCAUUACGCCAGUCUGAUGGUCUAUUUGUUGGUACCGCUUGACACCAGUAAGAACAAACUGCUCCGUACCACGCCUGCAGCUGACUGGGAGAGCGGCAGCAACAGCAUCCUCACUAACAGUAUUGCAGGAAGUGUGGCAGAAAGCUUUGACACUGAGAGUGGCUUUGAAGACUCCGAAACCAGCGACGCUGCCAACUCGGUGGUGAGGUUCAUUGCUCGCUUCAUAGACAAAGUGUGCACGGAGAGCGGAGUGACCCAGGAUCAUAUCAAGAGUUUGCAUAGUAUGAUUCCAGGUAUUGUGGCGAUGCAGAUGGAGACUUUAGAUGCGGUUCAUAGAGAAAGUAGGAGGCUGCCUCCCAUUCAAAAGCCCAAGAUCCUACGGCCUGCACUGCUGCCUGGAGAGGAGCUGGUAUCAGAGGGUCUGCGGGUCGUCUUGGACCCCGAUGGUCGAGAGGAGGCUACCGGGGGACUUCUUGGAGGGCCACACAUCCUGCCAGCAGAGGGAGCACUCUUCCUCACUACUUAUCGAAUCAUUUUUAAAGGAACCCCUCAUGACCCGUUAGUUGGUGAGCAGGCAGUGAUCAGGAGUUUUCCAGUUUCCAGUUUGACGAAGGAGAAAAAGAUCACAAUUCAUAACCAGCUACAACAAAACAUGCAGGAGGGACUUCAGCUGAGAUCUGCCUCCUUCCAGUUGAUAAAAGUGGCUUUCGACGAGGAGGUGAGCUCUGAGAUGGUCGAGAUCUUCAGGAAACACCUGCAGCGGAUUCGCUAUCCACCGUCCAUCUUCAGCACCUUUGCUUUCGCCGCAGGACAGACGACGCCGCAGCUCAUUUUACCAAAACAGAAAGAGAGGAACACAGGCUUACGAACGUUAUCUAAGACUAUUGUGAAAGGAGCUAAAAGAGCCGGGAAGAUCACAAUGGGCCGCCAAUCCACUUUGAAGAAAAACAGUCGCUUGACGGUGCAUGAGGAUGACGAUAUCUCAAUCUCAGAUGAUGGGGAGCCGCCUUCCAGCAGCACGCUUAAGGCAUCCGAAAAGUCCACCAUGGAGCAGCUAGUGGAGAGAGCCUGUUUCCGUGACUACCAGAGGCUGGGUUUGGGUACCAUUAGUGCAAGCUCUACCCGCUCUAAAAGUGGCGAGCAGUUCCGCGUUACAGCGGUCAACAGACUCUACUCAAUGUGUCGCAGUUACCCAGGUCUGCUAGUGGUUCCUCAAAGUGUACUGGACAGUAGUCUUCAGAAGGUGGCCCGUUGUUACAGACACAACCGUCUGCCGGUGUUGUGCUGGAAACAUCCUCGCAACAAAGCUGUCCUGUUUCGUUCUGGAGGUUUUAAUAUCAAGAGUGUGGUUGGGCUGUUCAAGUCUCAAAACCCUUCUACGGCAGCUCCAGUUUCCUCUGAGUCCUCCAGCAGUCUUGAACAGGAGAAGUACCUGCAGGCCAUCCUCAGCUCCAUCCCAAUUUACUUCAAAUCCAAUGGCAGCAACACCCUCACCAACCGCUCUCUCAUCGGCUUGUCCCCAGCUACUGAAAGACGAGCAUCGAGAAUACCAAAGAUGGCCCCUGUGCACUUAGACAUUCCUUUCGCCAACAGCUUUGCUAGAGGAGUUCUCGGGUACAGGCCUAAACUUUUCACUCACUCAAACCAAAAAGCUUCAGCUAAGGGGAGAAUACACAACCAAGGUGUUUGGGCUAGCCUGCGCUCCAGCAGCAGAUUCAGCCAGCACUCCGCCGCUACCGACAUGGGCGCGAGAUUGGCCAGCAAGGAUUUGGCGCCUCCUACAGGCAUCGAGAGCCUCCAAACCCAACUACUGAAGCAUCAAGCAGCUCUCUACAUCUUUGGCGAGAAGUCCCACCUCAGGGGCUUCAAACAGGACUCUGCGCUAAACUGUGAACUGGUGCCGGUGGAGUUUGCAGACACGAGACAGGUGAAAAGCUCCUUUAAGAAGCUUCUGAGAGCGUGUGCGCCCAGCUCAAUGCCCUCAGACACGGAGGAAUCCUUCCUUAAAGCCCUGGAGGAGUGUGAAUGGACGGUGCAGAUACACAAGCUCCUGCAGUUGGCUCUGGUGGUGGUGGAGUUGAUGGAUUGUGGAUCAUCUGUACUGGUUAGUCUUGAGGAUGGUUGGGACAUCACCACACAGAUGGUUUCUCUCGCCCAGCUUCUCAGUGAUCCGUUUUACAGGACGCUGGAAGGCUUUCAGAUGCUCGUGGAGAAAGAGUGGCUGUCCUUCGGCCACAAAUUCAGCCAACGAAGCAAUCUGACCCCCAGCAGCCAGGGAAGCGGCUUCACCCCCCUUUUCCUCCAGUUUCUGGACUGCGUCCACCAGAUUCAUAACCAGCACCCUCUCGAGUUCGAGUUUAAUCAAUACUAUCUGAAGUUUCUGGCGUAUCACUGCAUCUCCAACCGAUUCAAGAACUUCCUGCUGGACUCAGACUAUGAACGUCUGGAGCACGGCACAUUGUUCGAGGAUAAAGGAGACAAACAAUCCAAAAAAGGAAUCUGUAUCUGGGAGUUUAUCAACCGAAUGCAUCGCCGGACCCCCCUGUUCUUCAACUACCUGUACAGCCCGUCAGAGACGGAGCCGGUGUUAAAGCCAAUGGUCUCCAUCCCCAAUCUGACCACAUGGGAGUUCUUCACGGGAGAGACUCUGUCCACCGGCCCGUCUUACGACUGGUGCAUGAUCUCAACGCGCUCACAGAACGACGAUGAGUCAAAUACCAUCGCCACCACCAAGAGAAGAAUCGUCUGGCCGUGUUAUAGCAGCGUGAGCCGCGCUCAGCCUGACGUGAUCACCAAACUGUUGGCUGACAUCGGGAGGCUGGAGGUGGAACUGGGACGGCCGUCGGAUCCAUGGCACAUCACUCUGGAGAAGGCGCGAGACAGCAUCCAGGAAGACCUCAAACAGGAAGGCAAUCUGCGAAAGGAUUCGACAUCCAUCUCUGGCCUGGUCCACACUCCUAACCUGCAGGCUUAUCAUCGACGCUCUAUGUUACACCUACCCGAAAGCGCCCUGGUAGAGGACAGCAGCCCCACCGCGGUCAACGGAGUGAAUCGCAGGGCAGCCACACUUUACAAUCAGUUUACCCCAAAGAAUGAAGACAACAGAUCAUUUGAGGGAAUCCUUUACAAGCGAGGAGCAUUACUUAAAGCUUGGAAAGCCCGGUGGUUUGUUUUGGACAUUACCAAACAUCAGUUGAGAUAUUAUGAGACGGAUGAGGACACAAACUGUCGGGGCUUCAUAGAUCUGGCAGAGGUGGAGUCUGUUUUGGUUGCGACGCCAACUAUAGGAGCCCCUAAACAAGUCAGCGAAAAAGCUUUCUUUGAUCUGAAGACCACUAAACGGGUGUAUAACUUCUGCGCAGCGGACGCUCCGAGCGCUCAACAGUGGAUUGAUAAGAUCCAGAGCUGCAUCUCGGAUGCUUGAAGGCCUUUUCUCAACCCCUCUCUCGCCGCGGAGAGAUAUAUUGUGCAAUUUCGAGAACCAUAGUAAAGCCUUCAGUGCCUGUCGUAAAUCCAGAAGACCUCUGAGAGACGACUGAAAGACUGACAUCCUGAGCUCAGGGUUAAUGACUGGAAGUUUGUUGACGGGUGGAAAUGAUUCUUCUGAGGUCGCUUAAACAAACGCUACAUGCAGGUGAGACGAAGCAAUAGCCCUCGUUUUUAAACUCGGGGUUCAGAGGUGCGUUCUAAAAAACAAACUGUUGCUGCUGAUGACAUGCAAAAGAAAGAAGCACCAAAACCUGAUGAAAAUACGUUCAGAAAGAAGCACAACUUUAAAAGGCAAAUUAUUUGCACUUGAUGAUAUGCACUCCCUACAAAGCAGAUUUAUAAUGGCGUAAACAUCUAGGCAUUACGUUUUAACUACAUAUAAAAGUCUUACAGCAAGUCUGAUGCUCUAGUGUGCAAAGUAUUUUUUUCUAUAUUUGCAAGAGGUUUUUUCAGUACGAAUGUUUUAACGGAGCUGUCGUCGUUGUUUUGUAAAUUAUUUUUUAAUCAAUACAAGAGUAACCGGUGUGAACUGAGAUUUGUGUAAAUACCUGUUACAUUUUCUGUUGUUAUACUCUAUCAAAUAUGUUUUUCUUACCUUUUAGUCUAACUUGAAAUAAAACACAUAUUUAUACUCGUGAUCAUUGACGGACCAAGUAAAGCACUGCCUGUGUCGAAUGGCUGUGAUGUUUUAUAUGAAGGGAUGAACACUAUAUUUCGCCAUUCUGUAUGGGGUCUUAAGAGGGUCGUUUUUUUUCUAACGUAUUUGUUUUGUUGGUGUAUCUGUCAAGUUUUAAGACGCAAAAUAAAAGAAAUCAGACAAGUUGUCUGUUACGGAAACUUUAAAAGAUGUUACUGUAUGUGACUGUAAUUUGUGAUGCCACUAAUGUUGUUUCAUUUGUUUACUGGUUUGCUUACAUUUGUUUUUUCAUUCAUGUUUGUUUUUUAAAUAAAUUUUCGGAAAUCUUA